AUGGCGGCCUUGCGAGAAGAUACGUCGUCUCAAGAGCUGCAGUUGUCAAGUACAACUGUUGUUAACAUGACAGAUUUACAGCUUUCGGAAUGUUUAUGUCCAAUAUGUAUGUCAAUUUUGAUUGAGCCUGUUACUAUGCCGUGUUCGCAUGAACUCUGUAUGCCGUGUUUUCGUGAAAAUGUUGAACAAGCAAACUUUACUUGCCCGAUGUGUCGCGUUCGUAUUAGCAGCUGGGCAAGAAAGAAAACUCGCGAAAAGAAAUUGAUCAAUCAAAAAAGAUGGGAAAGUAUAUUAUCGGCGUUUCCUGAAAAAUGUAGAAGACGCAUCGAAGGCCUUGAAGAUGAAAGCCAGGAUGAAGAAAUUAGUUCUCCAAGUAAACCUCACUUGUGUGAACCAGGGGAAGUCAGAAGAGAAUAUGAGAAAGAAAUGAAAAAGUUGCAAGAAUUGAAGAAAAAAGAGGCAGCAAUGGAAAUCCGAGCAAGUGAGGAGCUCAUUAGACAAUUACAAGAAGAAGAAAAAAGACAAAUUGAAGAGAGAAAACGAUCACUGCAACUACAGCGUCUAAGGGAUGAAGAACUUGCAAAAAAACUAAGUCAUGUCUAUCAGGAUGACGAUGUCUUAUUUGAGCCAGAACAAAUAGUUGUUACUGAUGAAGAGUUAGCCAAGAGACUUAAUGAUGAAAUUAAUGAUACCUAUGUACCAGUGGGAGAUGAAGAAUUGGCUAAAAAGCUGCAAAAUGAACUUGAUGAAGUACAUUCUCCUGGAGUUCAUGGGACAUCUAAGAAGCGGUCUGCCAGUGGAGGGAAGAAAAAUAGACCAGAAAGUUCUCCCAGUAUAGCUGAAUUUUUUUCUAAAUCUCAACCAAGUAGAAGCACCUCAUCUGAUAUAACAAGUCCAGAAUCAUGCAUAUUGGUUGAGUGUAUGAGUGAGCCAGUGCCUUACAGAAGUUCAAGUGAAAUGACAUCUAACAGUGGUAUGUCAGUUCAAAAUGUGGAACAAGGGAAACUUACUCCUGUUAAUGUGUGUGGAAGGAGUAGUAACACAAGUAUUGACAGUAUAUCCCCAGAAAUGAAUCAUUUUAAGCCAAUCCAUGUAUCACCUAGAACCCCACCAAAGAGACUGUCAAAUGGCAAAUUACAGCAGCCUGUCAUUGUUUACAGUACUCCCCUGAAUCUUAAUAAAACCAGAUUUAACAGUAAUGAUGACAAUGACUGGCUACAAAGUUCACCUUUAGUGAUGGCCAGAUGGCUGAGUUUGACGGAGGAAAGAAAAAGACAAGUGGAAAACCAAUCCAAAGCCACCAUGACAAACCUAGAAUUUUCUAGGAUAUCUCCUCACACUGUUAAUGUAUUCAAAAAAGAAGGGACUGCUAUCAUACCAAAUCUAGUUGAAAGACAAACUGCAAAGAAAAAUAAAGCAUCAGCAACAAUUUCAUCCAGUGAGCAUUCAAGUGAGACCCCUUCAAAGAAAGCUAAACAUAAUGACAAACGUGCUAAAGCAUUCAAUCGUUCUAAUUUAAAAAUGGAAUGUGAUCCCUUUCAACUCCCACCCGUUCUUGUGCCACAGCAAAGCAUUUCUCCAAAUCAAAACAAACUUGGGUUUGAAAUGCCUGUAUUACAGUCACAGACAGACAGUGAAAGUUCUGUAAAUUUCAAAGUGGCAGUUGGUAAUCGUAACAGAACGCUUGACAAAUCAGGAAAUGUUGAUGUUGAUAUCAGACAUACCUCGAAUAAACAGUUACCUACUAAUUGUUGUAUGCCUAGGAAAGAAACCAGAAAAUCCAAGGCAAGAACUAUUAAGGACAUGUUUGUUGGAGAUAGCUUUAAAAGUAAAAGUGUCAAUGAGCCUUUAGGCAUUGAAUACAGUAGCAACAAAGUAAAUGAUAAAAUGGCUCAACAUUGUGACGUAUCUACAGAACCAAAUCUGAACUCAAUUUGCUCAACAAAAGAAGCAAGUAUGCUUGAAGACAAUGCUGAGAAACAUGUGUCUGAAAUAUUUGUGAAAGAACACAGUGAUAAUAGUACAGACAAAAAUCACAACACCCCUAGAAAAAGAGGAAGACCUAAAAAAAUAUCAAAACAAACUGCAAUCAUUACUGAGCAUGUUACAUCUGGGAAAACUCGUUCUAGCAACAAUCAGAUUGAGAUGGUCUCUAAACUAAACACUGUUUCUGAACCAUGUACUUCCAAACUAGAUUUAUCAGUAGAGGGAAGCUGUAGUACUCCCAGAAAGUGUAGAUUUAGUCGUGAAAAUGAGAGUGUACUUAAUCACGAUAUUAUAACACAUGAACAGAGAGAACCUCAGCCAUUACAUAACUCAACUAAUGCCAAUAAUCAAAGCAAGAGGCAGCUAAGCGGUGACCGAAAAAGUAGUCGUAACAAGAAAAUAAAAACAUGCCACAGAGGAGCUAUUGAUGAAUUUGCUAAUCCAAAUAAAACCAGGAAGCUCUCACAGGAGGAAAUUGACUUUCAGUUGGCUUUGAAAUUACAACAGAAGUUUGAUACUGAACAGAGGAGUGAAAGAAAUCAAGUUAACAGAACAAGGGGAUCUCAAAAUGCUUACAUGUUGAGAAAAAAAACUAGGAGCCCAAGUUCUGAUCCUGGAUUGGAUGUCACAUGA